AUGUCCAAUACUACAGCUGCAGACCUAGAGAGAUUAUGGAAGGAUUACACCACCGAGACAGUGUUUGAUGAGCGGAAUUUUCAUUCAUACCCAGCUGGAACUAUCACCAAAUUUGACUGCAACCAGGAUUGUUCUUCGGUGUCGUUCACGCAAGGAGGCUCUGUCAUCAUGAAGAAGAAAGGUCCUGGAAGCAUGUCGAAUGUUCCAAGCGACAUCGGCAUUAGUGCAAGUCAUGGUGGCACAAAAGGAUUGUAG